CACAAAACUUUUCAGCUUAAAUAAAUGGAAGAAACAAAGGAGAGAAAGAUCGUUGUAGCAGUGGACGAGAGCGAAGAGAGCAUGGAAGCUCUUUCAUGGAGUCUUGACAAUCUUUUUCCAUAUGGUUCCAAUAAUACUCUUAUCCUCCUUUACGUCAAGCCCCCUCUUCCCGUUUAUUCUUCCAUUGAUGCCGCAGGGUUUAUAGUGACCGGAGAUCCGGUUGCAGCCUUGAAGAAAUACGAAAAUGAGCUAGUGGAAUCAGUCAUGGCUCGAUCUCGAAACGUCUACCAAGAUUUUGAGUCCGAUAUUAAUAUAGAGAGAAAAGUUGGAAGAGGAGAUGCCAAGGAAGUUAUAUGUAACGCAGUUCAGAACCUUAAGGCUGAUAUGUUAGUUAUGGGCACACAUGACUAUGGCUUCUUCAAAAGAGCUUUGCUAGGCAGUGUGAGCGAGUAUUGCGCCAAACGAGUGAAGUGUCCUGUGAUUAUCGUGAAGAAGAAUAUGCCUCAAAAUAAUUGAGCUCAAAAGUGAUAAGUCUUAUGAUUGUGUAUCGUUUGAAAGCAAUUGAUGUAACGGUUGAAUCAAUCUUCUUAUGCAAUAAUGUAUAUUAUAUAUAUGAAUUACUUUUACGUUUUUAUUUUCA